GUUGUUUACACGACCUCGACUUGCCAGCAUAGUUACCUGGUCGCUGGCUGUUUUUAUUUCUCCCAAUAGGUUUAAUGUGCAGCUAGCUUUACAAUUCCCUUUCAAUGGAACAAACUACAUAGACCAGGAUAAAUCAGUACAUGUGUUUGCUGGGAAAGAUUACAGUAGCUGUAGAAAAACAUCAUGUCUAACACAAAGAAAAUGAGACCACUUGGGUCUGUAAACUAUAACAAUGCCUUGGCAGAAUCUAUUCCAAAAUUCCCAUCUAUCAGAGGUGGCUACUUGCUGCAUGGGAGUGCAAUGAAUGUUCCCCCUCCUCGUAGCAGUCCAGAUAAGGAAGAGAAACCAGUGGUAGAGAAAACGCCAUCACCCAGGAAAAAAAUUAAUGCCAGUCCUAGGUCAAAUUCUGGAGGAGGCAAAAGUGAUGAUGGGAAGGACAAAAAGCUUCAAGAAAAUAAAGCAUCCAAAGAACUCAAGGAGGCUUUGUCUAGAGAAAAACAAUUAAAGCAGAAAAUAGAGGAUUUGCAGAAAAUCAUAGAUGAACUCAGGGCACUGAUUGCAGAAAAGGAAGCACUGAUUAAAGAGCUUCAGGAACAAUUAUCAAGACAGGAAGCAGACCUCACUGACCUCUUAGAACAGGAAAAAGCUGCUCACCAAAGGACAAAAGAUCACCUGAAGAUCAUUGAAGAGCGUUUAGAACAGGAAAAAGAAAAUUGCACAAAAUUAAAAGAAAAACACGAUGGGGAAAUAAAAGAAUUGAUAUCCAAACAUGAAAAUCAAAUAACUGAAAUCAAAGCAGAAAAAGACAAGGAAAUUGAAAUCAAAGAUGAGAAACUGAACAAAAUGAAGAGACAAAUGGCAGAUGUCUUAAAAGGGAAUUCAUGGGAGCGCCAACAGCAGCUUGAUGAACUGACCAAAGAACUGAGCAGAAUACAGGAGGAGUGUGACACACUGAGAUUAAAGCUUAGAUCAUCCAAAAAGAAUCCAUCUGGUGCUUGUGAUAACUGCUCUACAUUAGAAUCCAAAUUAGAAAAAUCAAACAAACUUAUACAGGACAAAGAUAAGAGUAUAAAAGAAAUGAAAAGUCUGUGUGCUAGAUUUGAAAAACAACUUACUCAGCAGGAUUAUCUGAUGAAGCAGUUUGCUGAAAGUAAAGGUCACAAAGUAGGAGUGUUUCCAAAGUGACUGUGAUAGAAUGAAAGCGCAGUUGA